AUGGCGCUGAACUUCCUGACCAUGGAUCUCGACACAGUCACCGUGCACGUUGGCAAAGCAGAUACAUCAGUCGACAUCACCGUCUACCGCGAUAUCUUGUCGGCUGUCUCACCUUACUUUCGCAGCGCUUUCGAGGGCCCCUUCGUGGAGGCUACCGAUCGCUCCAUAUCCCUGACAGACGUCACCGAACAGACUUUCCGCAUGUUUCUACAGUGGACACAGACCCAGAACAACCAGCGGCCAAGCGGCGCUACUUUUCCGAAACAUGAAAUACUGAUCCGAAGAUCAACAGCAAAGAGUGCAGACAUAAAUGCCAUGAGUCCUACAGAGCUGCACCCGCCUCGUAACACCACACUAGCACUUGACGAGGCGGGCGACCGUAACCUGUCAAUAUCUAACAAAGAUCUGGUUAGGCUGUAUUUCAAGAAUCCGGAAUGGGUCGAAGGAUACCGCUUGUCGCUGCUUUCGUUUCUGCGUCUCUACGCCUUCGCCGACAAGUACAACGUCCCCCAACUACGCGACGACGUGUUGACUGCCAUGGUCUCACAGUCAAUGUCAUGGAAUGGGUGGCCUGAUCUUGAACAGGGAGUAAUUGAACUUGCGUACGCAAUGCUGCCGUCGUCCUCUAAGUUCAUUCGCUUCUUCGUCUUGUCCACGGCCUACGUUUGGCUCUCUCAGGAUGGAAACUGUAGCGCUACUAAAUUGCGUAUACUGAGAGAGCUGAACGAAGACUUUGCUUUCGACGUUAUGGUUGUGCAGAACCAGAGGCUCCAGCAUAAAAGGUUGCCGGAUCGUAUGCCGUCUCGAUUCGAGGGCGCUGUGCCCAAUGCUUGCAUCUUGCACGAGCACCUAGUCCAAGACGCCGAGCACUGUCGAAAGCGCGUUCGCGAUCAGCCGUACAUCUUCACCGGACUCAUCGAGAUGUGUGCGCAAGAUGCGUCGACCACAGCGAAAGAGUCUGAGGAGGAGUAA